AUGUCUCGACGUCCGACUCCCGGGCAAGCCGCCCAAAAUUCCCAGACCAUCAAGGGUCUGUUGAAGCUAGAGCACAACAAGAUAUGUGCUGAUUGUAAACGGAACAAGCAUCCGCGAUGGGCUUCCUGGAACCUAGGUGUCUUCGUCUGUAUCCGUUGCUCCGGUAUUCACAGGGGCAUGGGCACGCAUAUCAGCCGAGUCAAGUCCGUGGAUCUCGACGCAUGGACUGAUGAACAACUUCAAAGUGUGAUCAAGUGGGGAAAUUCAAGGGCAAACAAGUAUUGGGAGGCCAAACUGGCACCCGGUCAUGCUCCCUCGGAGGCGAAAAUUGAGAACUUCAUCCGCACCAAGUAUGAGAGCAAGCGGUGGGUGAUGGAUGGUGGGUUGCCGGACCCAUCCACUUUGGAUGACGGCGAUGACGACGUUGAAAAAGCCAAGGUCGAGCGUUCGUCUUCUCAGCGCAUCGCUGCCCCCAGCCAACCCCCGGUACACCGUCAGCAAGCCUCAAUUGAUCUGUUCGGCGACGAUAUCUCCCCUCCAGCGCGCCCUAGCACAACCGAUCCUACACUGCGUGCGCCGCCUAGACAAGCUCAACCUGCGCCUGCGCCUGCGCCUGUCAAGACCCACAAGCCAAAUGAUUCACUUCUGGGGCUGGACUUCUUCGGGAGCACCCAGCCCGCUGCUGCCAGUCGCCCGAGUAGCACCUCCUCGACCCCAGCAGCACCGGCUGGAAUGUCUCGCCCAGAUCUCAAGCAAUCAAUCCUGUCAUUGUACUCCAAGCCGCAACCCGCAGCGCCUGCGCAACACCAGCGGGGUAACUCCUUCGGCGACAUGGCCUCCCCCGCGCCUCCCUCAGCCUCAUCGAACAUGGGUGGUCUGACAGAUGCCUUCAGUGGAUUGAGCUUCCCGUCCACUACCUCUCCCCCGCCGGCUAAGCCUGUCGAAAAGCCCUCGGCAUUCUCCAACCUCACAUCAUUCGGCGCUGCCAAGUCUACCCCUGCGGCUCCAAAGGUCACAUCGCCCUCUGGGUCCGCCAGUGGCGAUCUGUUUGACAGCUUUGCCUCUCCCACCAUGUCUGCCCCCAAACCCCAGUCCCGCACCACCUCCGUGUCCUCCGGCGCACAAGACUUUGGAGGAUUUGGAGGAUUUACUUCCCCGACUGCUAAGCCGAACCCUCCAUCGUCAUCCCUUUCCAAUGACCUGUUCGGGCUUUCUUCGCCCCCUCUCGCCUCCAAACCCGCGGCCUCGCCUCCCAAGCCCACUGCUACCUCACCGCAACAAGAAAUGAAAUCCGCUUUCAACAUUUCCGCCCCUCCAAUCCAGCCUGCUGCUCCCAAGGUGCCAGCCCCUAGCGCUGCGACUGCCGCUGCGGCUAGCAUGAUGUCUGGAAGCCUUGACCCAUGGGGUGGUAAUGCCUGGAGCACGCCUGACCGCGCGCCUUCGCCCGUCGCCCCUGCUCCUGCCCCUUCAGCUGCUUCCAUGAUGAAGGUUCCUGAUACGCUGACUCCAAACGACCUCGGUAACGGCUGGGGUGCGCCCAGUGCUGCCCCUAAGCCGGCGGCCACCGUAGCUGCCGACGAGGACUUUGGCGGCUGGGCCAGUGCUGCUCCAGUUUCCAACCCGACGCCUGCCGCCAACACCAGCAAGCCGGCGGGAGGGUUUGGUGGAUCCGAUGAUCUCUUUUCUAACGUUUGGGAAUAA